CAGCCCCACCCUCCUGCUCUGGGCCCCGCCCCCUCGCCCCCGCCCCCUCGGGUUGAGCUCCGCCCCCCAGGUCGUCAGCCGCAUCUGCGGCCCCGUCCCCUCGGCGACUCCGCCUUCCGACACAACAUGGCAGCGUCGGCAGCGAAAGCAGGAGCAGCGGGGUUGAGGCGGGCGGCCUCGGCGAUAUGCCUGGGCGCUCGGCGGCCGCCCUGCCGGGAGCUCUCAGCCCCGGCCCGACUGUACCACAAGAAGGUAGUUGAUCAUUAUGAAAAUCCCAGAAAUGUAGGGUCCCUUGACAAGACAUCCAAGAAUGUUGGCACUGGAUUGGUUGGAGCACCAGCUUGUGGGGAUGUUAUGAAAUUACAGAUCCAAGUGGAUGAAAAAGGGAAGAUUGUGGAUGCCAGAUUCAAGACAUUUGGCUGUGGCUCUGCCAUUGCUUCAAGUUCCCUGGCUACUGAGUGGGUUAAAGGGAAAACGGUUGAAGAAGCCUUAACGAUCAAAAAUACUGACAUUGCCAAGGAGUUGUGCCUCCCUCCUGUUAAGCUUCACUGCUCUAAGGUGACAAGCACACUCUCCAGAAUCAGUGGGAAAUAAUAGACUGAGAUCUCUCACAGCGCUGGAGCACAGACAGUGCUUGCCGAAGAUGCAAUCAAGGCAGCCCUGGCCGACUACAAGCUGAAGCAGGACCCCCCGAAAAAAGAGGAGCCUGAGGAGAAGUGACCACUCGUGCCCUCCAGGCUCCACUGUGCCUCGUGGGCUGGCCAAGCCAUCCAGUCUUCCUUUCCAGUGCAAUCCAUCUCACCUCAAAGGUUAGGUGACUCCUGUACCCCAAUAAAAGAUCUAUGUAAUAAUCACACACAAUGUCCUCCUGUUCUCAUAGCAGCUCUCAUUGAAUAAUAUCCAGGAAAGGCACAGCUCGUGUUCCAUCUUCCGACUUAUUUCUGCACCAUCGCCCCCUCAAGGCCUGCCAUAGCUGUGUAUUGUGAAUUGUGUGACCUGUAUUGCCUUGUCUGUUCCCAAAAUGCAAACAAAUGAUGGAACCCCAACAUGCCUUUCAUCUGAAGGGUGAAUUUCAUUGAGUGGCACUUAAUUUCACCUGAGUCGGGUAUGGGGAAAAAAGUUAAUUGUUAGAGAUUGCCUUAGUAUAACUAUUUGAGAGAACCAAUUAUUGUACAUAAAGCAGAUCUUAUAUAUACAUAUAUAUAUAUAAAUAUAUGACAUAAUAAAACUCCUAUAAGAAUUCA